GAACGUGUAAAAGCGAUUUGUCAACUAAAUGAUCAAAUCGUUUUUGAUGAUUUUAUUCCACUUAAAGCAGGAGAAGAGGUUCGAACUAUGACUGUAGACAAUGUAAAGAACACGUUUUGGAUUUACACCGAUUCUUCCAUAUUCGAACUUAUUGUUUCCAAGGAAGACCGAGAUGUAUGGAAGUUAUAUUUGGAAAAACAACAGUUUGACACGUCUUUACAAUAUUGCAAGAAUCCAGCACAACGUGAUAAAGUUCUUACAACUCAGGCCGAACAUUAUUUUUCACGUAAACAUUAUCUUUUGUCUGCUACAUUUUAUGCACAAUCGACUGUGCCUUUUGAAGAGGUCGCACUUAAAUUUGUUGAACGAGAUGAAAGAGAUGCUUUGAGAAAUUAUUUAUUGAAUAAACUUGAUAAACUUCGUAGACAAGAUCGAACUCAAAAAACAAUCAUUGCUACUUGGUUAGUUGAAAUCUAUCUAAGCAAAAUCAAUAAUUUAGAGAAUUUAGCAGCAUCAAGUGCAGGCUCUGAUGAUAUUAAUAACUAUAAAGUAGAACAAACCGUUUUGGAAGAGGAAUUCAAGGGAUUCCUAGAACAAUAUAAGGCUGAUUUGGAUAAGAAGACAACGUAUAGUUUAAUUGCUAGUCACGGGCGCACCAAUGAAUUAUUAUUUUACGCAUCAUUAAUAAGUGAUUAUGAGAAAGUAAUUUCACAUUGGAUUCAAGAAAGAAAUUACAAGCAAGCACUGGGUGUCCUUAGUAAACAAGCUUCCGUUGAUACGAUUUAUAAAUUUGCUCCUGUGCUGAUGGAAAAUGCACCUAGUGAAACUGUUUAUGUUUGGAUGCGACAACCAAACCUCAAUCCAAGGAAUUUGAUGCCUGCUUUAUUAAAAUAUGAUCAUUUAAAAGCUCCGGAGAACACCAAAACAAAUCAGGCAAUAAGAUAUUUGCAAUAUGUGGUUCAACAACUCAAUAAUACGGAUCCGGCUAUUCACAAUUUCCUUCUCACAUUGUACGCGACACAACCUACACAAGAUGAGUCUGCCUUACUCCAAUUUUUGGCAUCCGAAGGGCGAGAACCAUACUAUAACUUGGAUUAUGCACUUCGGCUUUGUAGCCAAAAUGGAAGGAUGCAAAGUUGUGUACACAUAUAUAGCAAUAUGGGGCUUUAUGAAGAGGCUGUCGAUUUAGCAUUGAAGCAUGAUGAUUUGGAACUUGCAAGAAUCAAUGCUGAUAAGCCGGAGGAUGAUGAUUCUUUACGUAAGAAACUUUGGUUGAAAAUUGCGCGUCAUGUGGUUGAAAAAAAAGGAGAUAUAAAAACAGCGAUGGAUUAUCUCCAGCAUUGCGAUCUGCUUAAAAUCGAAGAUAUUUUGCCAUUCUUCCCAGACUUUGUUCUCAUAGAUGAUUUUAAGGAAGAAAUAUGCGCAGCCCUUGAUGAAUAUAAUUCAAAAAUUGAGGAAUUAAAGGUGGAAAUGGAGGAAGCGACUAAAAGCGCCGAGAGCAUUCGAUUAGACAUACGAGAGUUACGAUGCCGACAUGCGGUUGUAACGACUGGAGAAAAGUGCUCCAUGUGCGAUUUUCCACUAUUAACGAGACCUUUUUAUGUUUUUCCUUGCCAACAUGCUUUUCAUGCUGAUUGUUUGAUAACCAAAGUUACUAAACAUCUUAAUCCGAGGCAAUUACGUCGUUUUAAAGAUUUGCAGCAACAAAUAACAAAAGAAAUGAACAAUGUUAAUCGUACACCUGAUAAUAAUGAAGCACGUGGACGACAGCAACAACCAGCUGGAAGUUUAGAUCGAUUAAGAGGCUUGAUAUUGCCAGAUACAACUGCACAUAGUGGUGACGAUGUUGCUGUUGUUGUUCCAAAAGUCGAUCAACUAAAGGAUGAGCUUGACGAUUUAGUUGCAUCAGAAUGUAUUCUUUGCGGAGAUAUGAUGAUUAAAACUAUUGAACAACCAUUCAUAAACGAAGAGGAGAAUGAUCUGUUGGAAUCAUGGGCUAUCUAA